AUGGCGACAACUUUUGUUGAACAAUUGGCUAUUCAAGGAACACGCGUCAUCGCACCGAUAAUCAUUUUCCUUGGUACAGUAAGUAAUAUUUUAAAUAUUAUCAUUUUAACCAGACAGUGUUUGAAUUUACACGCUUGUUCAUUCUACUUUCGUCUUAUGGCACUCAUUAAUUUGUUUUAUUGUAUAUUUCUUCUCACAAAUAAUCUUCUCGCCGAUGGAUAUUAUCUGAAUUUGAGUACCUCCUCUGAAUUCUUCUGUAAAUUCAAUAGUUAUUUACUCAAUCUAUGUCCAAAUAUAUCUGUAUAUUUAAUCGUCCUUGCAUCAAUUGACCGAUUUGCUGUUAGUUCAAUUCAUGCUAAUAUCCGUCGAUUCAGUGAUAUUCGAGUAGCACGGUGGGCUGCGAUUGUCAUCACUCUGAUCUUAGCAGGUUUACUCUCAAGUGCCUUCGCAGUAUUCAGCAUCUCAACAGACGGACUACCCAUAUGUACAAUAGCAGCGAAUCAAUUCUUUGGUCAUGUUUUCUUGAUCAUAAACGUGAUUUCAUAUGUCAUCAUAGCACCAACAUGCAUGCUAUCUUUUGGUUUACUUACCAUUCAUAAUGCAAAUAAAGUGCGUUUAAUAUCUAAUCGAUUGACGAAUUUUCAUCGAACUGAAAGACAACUGACGCGCAUGCUUUUACUACAAGUUGGUAUUCAUAUCAUUCUAACUCUCCCAUUUUGUGUCGUGUUUCUAAUCAUGGUAUUAUCAAUAUCAUUUCAUUUUUCAUUUGAUUUCUAUUUUGUUUUUGUCAUAUGCAAAUUACCAUUUUAUUUCUCGUUUACAACUGGAUUCUUCUCUUAUAUUCUUUCUGCUCAAGUUUACCGACAAGAAUUUCUUCGAUUGCUGAACAAAUUCCAUCUAGAUCGACGCAUUUUACCCACAAAUGCACCCACUAAUCCAAAUCUCAAUUCCAGUUUGCGCAACAGGACAAUAAACAUCAACUGUCAAAGAAAGCCAAACUAG